UGGAGACACCCUCUCCCUCCUUGUCUGCCUGUCUGUGUCUCUGUCAGCUCUCUGUCUCUCGCGGUGGAUUUAUACCGGAAACGGCUCGGUGCCGGAGGAGGAUUUUCACGCCUGUUCGGUCUCGUUUUUUUGGAAAUAAGCUGAGCUGUAGUGGAUUAAUAUGCCUGUGUGUUGGGGCUGGACGGAGUAUCUAAUGUCUCUGAGCAGCUAUGGCCACAGAGACACAUAAACAGAGGAUUUAAUCAGGACUGGAACAAUACUUGGAGUCUGGACCUCUUCUUCUCUUCCUGGAUUCGGACAUUUCUCCCUCACUGAUCGGCUGUCCUGUGAAACUGGCGGUGAUUGGACAGCCCUGGAUUCAAGGAUGACUGAGGAGGUCCACCCCCGCCUCCUGACUUCCUGUUUACUUCCUGGAAGGCAGUGAGCACUUCCUGUACCUUCACGACUCUCACCUGACUGGCUGGAGGCUUCACCUUGCUGUCACCACAGAUUUACAGACUCUAGCACCCAUGACCUGCUGACGUCACCACACCCUUCCUCCCCUCUCUCUCUCUAUCCUACAAAAUGGCUACGAGCAGUUGGCUGUCACCGUGGUGGCAGCCGCUGCCUCCUCCUCUGCUGCUGCUGCUCCUAAUCCUCACUUCCUGUUUCCUGUCUGAGUCAGCCUUGACCACACCCUUUCCCAAAGACCUGGAGCCAAUCAACAUGGUCAGCUCAGAGCAGUCGUAUCAGUUUCCAAGUUUUCAGGGUUUGCUUCAGGACAAUGACACACUGCGUCUGGGCCUGGACUUUCAGAGGUUGCUACGCAUCAACCACAUGUUGUACAUCGCUGCCAGGGAUCAUGUGUUUGCAGUGAACCUGACGACAGCUUCGGAGGAGUUCGUACCUCAGCUGAAGCUGACGUGGCGCUCCAAAGAUGUCAGCAAGUGUACGGUCAGAGGGAAGAACAGCGACGAGUGCUACAACUAUGUCAAAGUGCUGGUGCCCAGAAACGACGAGACACUGUUCGCCUGUGGCACCAACGCCUUCAACCCCACCUGCAGAAACUACAAGAUGACGUCCUUGGAGCAGGUCGGAGAGGAGGUGGUCGGUCAGGCUCGCUGUCCCUUUGAGUCUGGUCAGUCCAACGUUGGACUGUUUGCAGGGGGAGAUUUCUAUUCAGCCACCAUGACCGACUUCCUGGCCAGCGACGCCGUCAUCUACAGAAGCCUGGGGGACGGCCGACCUGUCCUCAGGACUGUCAAGUACGACUCCAAGUGGCUCAGAGAGCCUCACUUCCUGCACGCCAUCGACUAUGGGAACUACGUCUACUUCUUCCUCAGUGAGAUUGCAGUGGAGUACACUACCCUCGGCAAGGUGGUGUUUUCUCGAGUGGCCCGGGUUUGUAAGAACGAUAACGGAGGUUCUCCCAGAGUUCUGGAGAGAUACUGGACUUCCUUCCUCAAGGCUCGUCUGAACUGUUCAGUUCCUGGAGAGUCGUUCUUCUACUUCGACAUUCUUCAGUCUCUCACCAAUGUGCUGCAAAUCAACCAGAGACCUGCUGUGGUCGGAGUCUUCACCACUCAGGCCAACAGUAUCCCCGGCUCGGCAGUUUGUGCGUUCUACAUGGACGAUAUAGAGAAAGUCUUCAAUGGUAAAUUCAAGGAGCAGCGGACCAGUGACUCGUCCUGGACUCCAGUACCUGACGAGCAGGUUCCCAGACCACGGCCUGGUACGUGUGCAGGCGAUGGUCCAGCUGCAGACUACAAAUCAUCAGUUCAGUUCCCAGAUGAGACACUGACAUUUAUCAAGUCCUAUCCUCUGAUGGAUGAAGCUGUCCCCUCCGUCAACGACCGGCCCUGCUUUACCAGGACCUCCAGCAGAUCCAAACUGACUCAGAUUGUGGUGGAUGUGUCGGCGGGACCCUACAAGGACCGGACAGUGAUGUUCCUGGGCUCAGACGAUGGCAGAGUCCUGAAGGUUUUGGCCAGCACACAUCCCAACGACAGCUUCGGAUCCAAACUGCUGGAGGACAUCGACAUCUACAACCCAUCUAAGUGUAAUGUUCAAGGUCAGGAGGACAGGAGGGUUCUGGGACUGGAGCUAGAUAAGGACCAUCAUGCCUUGUUUGUUGCUUUCACCAGCUGUGUGAUCAGAGUGCCGCUCAGCCGCUGCACCCAACAUGGAGCCUGUAAAAAAGCAUGCCUGGCCUCUCGUGACCCAUACUGCAUCUGGCUGCGGACCGGGAGUUGUGCCAACAUGGCACCAGGUUUCAAGGCUGGGUUUGAACAGGAUAUCGAGGGCGACCACUCGUUUCACCCAGACAGCUGCCAUGCCGAUGUGUUGGCAACCACACGGAAUCAGGAGUCUGCAGCCGACUCGGCCUACGGUGUUCGUCGUCUUCCUGAGAUGGACCAGCGUGCAAGUGCUAAUGUCCACUACACCCUGCUGAUUGCCUGUGUGCUGGUGGCCUUCUUCCUGGGUGCUAUCUUGUCAGGUUUCCUGGUGUCAUGUUACUGCAGCCGCAGCGCUGCUCAGCGGGCGAGGAGGCUGGGAAAAGACCCUGAGGCGUCGCUGCCACAUGCCUUAUCCCUGCGAUCCCUGGCCAAGCUCAACGGACUGUUGGAUGGACAGCCGAAGGACGACAAACUGGACGUGUCCACCCCAAAGAUGUACAGCUCCUUCAUUCCCAACAGUCGGGCGGAGCCUCAUCUCCACACCCCUGGACAUCAGGGCCUGCCGCUGGGAGACCCCGACCUCAGCCUUUCCCAGUCUCUAUCUCAGGGUGAUGGAGAGCUGUCCGGCCUGCCCACACCCGACUCCACCCCGGAGCUGCCCAUCAAGAACAUGAAGGCCUUAAGGCACCAUCAGUAUGAGAAGAACCAGAAUUGCAACAAUGCCAAGGACAGCAACCCCAUAUCUGGGCCCAGCUGCUCCGGAUCCAGUCUGGGUUUCAUGGCCGUUGUCGGGAACUCUUUGAACCAGCAGAUGUUUCCCUUCUCUCAUCACCACAGCAACAGUUUAGGCAACGGAGCAGCCUAUGGAGCGGGCGCCUCUUCGACUUCACUGCACCUCCCUGAGGAGAGGAAGAUCUUGAAUGAUGAGCGAGCAGCAGCAGCAGGAGGUGGAGGAGGUGGGGGAGUCCCCCAUCACCACCACUCCCAGCAGUCCCUCCCCGCGACAGUGGUGGAUGUGUCGGCACUGGAUGAACUGCUCAGACACAUCCAUGAGGUCAGCGCAUCGGGCACUGGAGGCAUCAAGGUCCUCACUUCCACCUCCUCGUCCUCCCUGUUCCAUGGGGCGUCCUCGUCCUCCUCUGGAGGACAUCAUCAUAAUCAUCACCAUCAUCAUCGUUCUAAUAAUCACCACGGCCACACCCGCACCCAUCACUACAACCACGGCCAUCACCAUAGCAACCACCAAAACAAUAACAGCAGCAGCGGCGGCAGUCACCAUCAACAGCAGCAGAUCCCUGAGACAGAAUCAGGUCCGUAUUACAGCACCUCCACACUGCCAAGGGACGGCCUCCCCAAACGCCUGGACGCUCCAACUCAAAACUCGACCUCAUCCUCCGCCACCUCCUCUUCUUCCUCCUCUUCAUCCUCCAACAACCCAACCUCCUCCACCUCCAUUCCCUCUUCUUCCUCUUCUUCCUCCUCAACUCCGCUCCAGCAGCAGGUGAUUCUAGAGAGACCUGGAGGAAGCAGCGUCUCGGUGGCACGCCACCAUUCCCAGCGCCACUCGCUCAUCAAGAUGGGCAGCGGGGGCGGCGCAGUGCCCCGCCACCACAGCUUUAACCAACGGGGGCCACAGCACGCACACAUUCUAGCCAGAAUGAACACGAACAGCAGCAGCAACGGCCCCCCGUGCACCAGAGCAGCAGCUAAUGUGAGCACCGAUACCAAUGGCGAGAGCCAGCGGCCUUCCAUUGCCAGCGCCUGCCUGACAAGGCAGCACAGUUACAGCGAAGGGCCACACGUGCAGCGGGCAGCAAUUGUCCGGAGAACGGCGUCGCUCAAACCCCAAGUUCCGCCAAAACCUCUGUUCCUUCCAAACACGGCGACGUCACCGGUAGCAGAGGCAGGAAAAUACAACUACUGAGACUGAGGGAGGAAGUGGCACCAUUCUAACAUGGCUGCUACAGUCUUCGCAGAGCAAAGCACUCCGACAUGUCUGCAGGCCCUGUGAGAAAAGACAAAAUGAGAGCAUUGAUGGGACGAAGAGACACAAAAGAGACUUCAGAGCUGUUUGUUCCCAUCACUACUCAUUAUAACCCUUCAGUUGUGAUUCCUUUCCUGCUGAGAGGACGCCGCCUGUCGCCCUAUCUGAGUCAGAACCGCUGCAUUGUAGCCCUAAACAGAGCCACAGAGACACUCUGAUCUACAAAUAAACAAGAUCUCUGACUCAUCUCUCUGGGCAGGCGGGGCCGCUCGCUUGUGGCGACUUUCCCCUCACGACAGACUGCAGAUCAAAACCAGCUCAGACGAGUCUAAGAAACAUUCCAAAAGCAGGGUGAAGGAUGUUAAUGAUUCAAAAGGAGUCCCCAAGGCUUGAGGUGGCCUGAAAAAAUUCUUGAUUAAUGCAGUUUCCUUAUGAGCGCUUUGAUCUAAUGUCCCCAGUUGUUGCACCUUGGCACAAGGCCUGGAUUUAAUUUGCAAAGAUUGGAGGAAAAGAAAAAAAAAAAAAAAGCAGAAAAUUGGACUGCAGCAAACCCCACAUGAACUGUCCAGGACCCCUGGGAGUGUUGGACAUUGCUCCAGGACGAUGAGAUUUCUUUCCACAGGAGAAAUCCAACAGAAAUGCCCAGAGGGUUGCUCCUGUUUUUUGGAAGUCUGUUUGUCCCUCUGAAUCUGGUCCGGAUAAUAAAAAUUGACAGAAGGGUUCUCUCUCUGCUCUGUGAUAAAAACUCCAAAAGGAGAAAGAAAGAAAAACUGUUGUGAAGGUUUUGUUAUCACGUCCGACGCUUCAAGAUGAUGGGAUGUUCAGGAGAUGGAGAUUUUUGUACACCAACACAUCAGCAACACUUUGAGGAAUGUGAGGAGACAAAGAGAGAUUUGCUUCAUGAGCUGCUGUACGAAAUGUCAAAAUCCAGCAGACACAGAGAUCCAGAUCAGAGCAGCCGUCACUGACAGUACACACAAAACACAUGAAUGUCCUCUUUUGUACCAUAUUGGUAUCUGAACCACAAACAAAGCAUUAAUCGAACUGUGUUUUCCACGGAGCCCAGCAGGUGAACGAGGGAGGAUUUCUGAUAAAUCAGUCCUUCCAGUUAAAAAUUCACACACUCAGUACACUUAAUACUCCUUCACUUUAGUAAUUUGUGUGUUCAAAUUACUGAAUUGAUUUCCUUGAAUUAAUAACUGCUCUCAAAAGACUUAAUUUGCCCUCUCCCCUCUCUUUUGCAUCUGGCUUUAUCUACGAAGAGCUCCACGAGCUCUGAGCUGAGUUUUUAUUAACCGCAGGAUCAGUAAAAUGUUUAAAUAGAAGUCAAAGAUCAAAUCAAACUGUAUUUAAUCAAAGAGGCCAACUGUUCAUUUCAGGGUAUCAAUUAAGUGAUGUGACAGAGCUGUUUAUCAAAAGUUUUCUCAUCACCUGCUGAGUUGGUUUUGACGGGACACUUACAGUCUGCAGCGGAACAACAGGUGAACCUGCCUGAGCAGCAGAAACAGCUCACAGAAUGAAACGUAUACCAGCAUUUGGCCUUUUUACUAAAAUGUCAGUUCACUUAAACUUAAAAAAGACAGUUUCUCUCUUACCUCUGGUGCAGCUGUUCCCAAAGUGGGUGUCGUGGCCCCCCUCAGGUGUUGACAGGAUGGAACAAGCGUUGUUCAUUUCCAUCGUUUUCACUGUACAUUUAUCAUCAGAGACAUUUAUUAACUUUCUGUCAAAAAAGAAAAGAAGCAAUAAACAUCAAAAGUUACUGUAGUAGCAAGACAAAGAGUCAAAUGACCUGCAUGACAACCUGCAGUAUACAUAGUUAUAUGUUUCACUUUCAAGUAACAUCAGUGUCAGUAAAAGAAAUUUUAAAGACAGAUAACCCUUGUUUUAGUUGAGUUUCCGGUGUGUGUUGACUGCAAGGUCAGUGAGGACGGGUGGGAACUGCUGCUCUCAUGAUAUGUAGCCAUGCAGAUAGUUCUGGAUUUGAGUUGUAUGUGUCUCAGAUUCAGUGGAGGUUAAUGAGUUUGUGACAGCCCAGAAAAUGUCCCAGUUACCCUGAAUCAUCCACAGACCACAGUAGAGACAGUUUUUAGACAGACUGUUUUUUCAUUAGAAAGUAGUCUGAAUCAGAGGUCGUCAUGAGUCCAAAGUGAUGGACCUGAACCCUGAUGGACAGGAAAAAUUUGUUCUGAGAUUCGACUGGAUGGGGUAAUUUCAUAAGAAUAUAUUAAUUCAACCUGUUUUUGUCUGAGAUAUUAGAGCGCUGACUCAGUGCAUGUCUGACAGGGGAAAGUUUAUUUUUUUAUUAUUUAUUUUGUUGUUGUGAUGUGACAAAGUAUCCUCAUACAACGAUUCCUAUGAUUCAUUCACUGUCCAUAACCACUUAUGCAGCUGACACUGGGACCCUGGACAAGUCGCCAGACUAUUACAGGGUUGACACAUUCACAUUCACACCUUUGAACAAUUUAGAGUCAGAAAUUAACCUGACAUGCAUGUGCAUGUCUCUGGACCCACACUGACAUGGGGAGAACAUGCAAACUCUACACAGAGGGGCUCCCCUACCCUGGGUUCAAAUCAGGAACCCUCUUGCUGUGAGGUGACUAUACUAACCACUGCACAACCGUGCAAGGAUUCCUAUGAUAUCCAACAAAAAAUGCACACUAGAGAUGCCAAUAUCUGAUUUGCUAUUAUGUAACAACUCAUUUGACCGAUAACCAAUACUGAUAUUGAUAUAUCCAAUUUUUGUUAUUGUUUGUUGUCAUUUUAGAUCAUCAAGUCUCUUCAGUUGUGGAAUUAACAUAAUAAUUCCAUCUAAUUGUAGGACUGCAUCCCUAAUGCACGCACAAGAGUUUGUAUGAUAUCCUACAAAUUAGCACCCCAAGAAUGAUGUCAUGUCCUUAACUGAAAGUCACAUAAUUAACAUAAAGUUAGAUGAUGUUAGAUGUUAGAUCAGGUUUAGGAAAAGAAACAUGGUAACAACAUACUUUAAAAUGACUCAAAGUUCACAUGGCACGGAACAGCCGUCUCCUGGGGAACAUCAUGGGUUUUGUGACCCAUCCACCACCCCAACCUGCCUCCUUAUUGGACUCGCUCAGGACUGUUUCAACUUUACUCCUGCCAUCGCAUUGGUCAUAUGAUCGCAACCUUUCAAAAUACCUGCAUUACUUUUUGUAGGAAAACGUAUGAACAGUGCAUGAGAAAAGCAUGGAUGUGAGCUGCUGUGAUACUUGCCAGUUUCUGAUAGUUCUACACAGCUCAGAUCCCUCAUCAUAUCAACAUGAUACACUUCGUUAACUCGGCUGAUUCUCCACAAUCCAAUAGCUUUGUUCAAUUCACAGAAACCAUGAGCACCAAAGUAAAAUUACUCAGAUUUACUGGCACGGUAAACAAGAGAGACAGAAAUGAGUUGAUUAUUUGUAUUCCUUUAGUUCACAAGGUUCCAACAAUGAAAAGAAUCAAAACGUUUCCUCAUAAUAUUUGUUGAAGCUGUGAAUAUUGUCCAGCUCACUCUCUCUCUCUCUCUUUCCUCUGCUCCACCUCAAACUCGCUGGCACUGCUGCUUGUUUUUUUUCACUUUACCUUUACUUUUGUAAUCUGAUCCUAAAUCAGUCCCUCGAGGAUGUUGCAGCCGCAACAUUGCAAUGCAAAUUCAGCCAAUCCUAGUGAAUUCUGCAUGAUCUUGCAAUUUUGUCCAAACCUCGCAACUUUACAGCAAAUAUGACUGUAUUUACCAAAAUCUCAUUUCAUUGUAGAGCUGCGUGCAACACUGUGAGGGAAACACUGAAUGCUCAUAAUGAUAGGCUCCAAAUUCAGAAACAGCAUCUCCAAACAGCAUUACAUUUUCAUUUGCUCCCCCACUUUACAAUAAUACGCAAAACAGCAGGGCUGCCCCUGACUAAGAAUAUUCCUAGUCGAACAAUGGUCGUCAUUUAGGGCCAUUAAUUGACUAGUUGCCAGCAUGUUUACAAUGUUAAUUUAAUUAUUAAAUUAUAUAUUUCAGUGAUUUGAGUUGAAGGUGUGAGAGAGAAAAGUAUCAGUAACAUUGUCAACAUUGUGAAAUACAAAACCGUACGAAUGGACCUUCACAGGCCUACAUUUUAUCUACAAGUGCACAUCACACACUGAGCGAGCCACCGGUUAAUUAUGCUGUCGGCAAAGCGUUAAUGGUUGUGCUAAGUGGCUAAUGGGCAUGCAGCUGCUUACACGUUUCAGAUGAUAUGUCAUGUUUGUAGUCGACGAAUGAAGAUGGGUUUACAUAUCACCAUGGAUUCAUCCUUUACCUUCUCAAAAUGAUCCCACACUUUGGAUUUGCUGUCCGAUAUGUUAUUAACUAGCCUGUGUAAUAACCACAGGUACCAGCCCUGGAAAUUAGGGGCCGUACACAUGCCACGCCUUUAACUGCCUGGAAACGCAAGGUUGGGCUCUGAGCGCUACUCUUGUGCCCUUUUUUGUGCCAGCUUUCAAGAGUGCAGCGACAGGUUGCAUCUGAGGUUGCUAAGUUAUGUUAACAAGCACCGUAUAGCCUAUUUACCUGAAAUCCUGAGUGCAGAGCUGAUCUUCUUCCAGGCGCUGUUUAUAAGUGUGUAGGCCUAUCAACUGUGGGACAGAUGUUAAGCUCUGGGUAGCCCUGCACUAAAAUCAUCAACUUUUCUGUUUAUCAGACUGAAUAUUUACAGAAGAAAGGAAAGAUAUCUGUCAGCUGUAAUUGGUUUGUAACGUGACUUCUGUGAUUGCUGAGCGUGGCCUCUUCCCAUGUCUGUCCUCUCAAAUUUAAUUCCUACAUGGUCCAGUCAUAUACUGUAGGUUUUGACUUAUAUUGACAAGGUACCGCUCCUAAUAGAGUUUCAGGUUGUUUUUUUGUUGUUGUUGUUUCUGAGACUAAGCAACCAAUGAAAUCUUGCCAACUAAUGACCUUUGUGGUCGACUAACAUUUGGUCGACUGUUACGGGGCAGCCCUACAAAACAUCACAACAUGCACUGCAAUUUUUUUUCUGAAAACCUGCCAUGAAAUCAGACAUUUCGGACUCUAGUUUCGCAGACCAGGCGAGGCGGGGGCGCAGCGCACCUGCGCUUCGCCAACUGGGUGUGGCCUGGCGGAUUUUGCAAGUUUGGCACACCGUGCGCCUGGCGCAGCUACUCCUCUAUCCCACCUCCGUCCCUCCUACCUGCGCAAGUCGGAAAGAGGGCGUGGAGUGGGUUUUACACAGCCGAUUCACAUCACACCAAUCAAAUGAGCCCCUCUCCUCACCCUUAAAUGCACUGCGCGAAGGCAUAAUGAGAGUUUACUCAAUUCGCCAUGGCAGAAGAGAGCAGCAGCGUCAGACGGCCAAACUUCUCCCAGGAGGAAACUGAUGUUUUGGUCCGGGAGGUCCAAGCUCGCAGUGUCCGAAUAUACGGAACUGCGAGCAGACCUCCAUGGGCUGAUGAUGCAAAGGUAGCCUGGGAGGAGGUCACCACAAUUGCAAAUCAAUGUUGCGUUUCUCUUGUGCGUGCGCGCUCUCUCUUUCUCUCUCGCAGUCUCACUCUGUUUCUUUUCUUUUGACUUUUCUAAGAUGACAGAUGCUGAAUAUAUACUCCCUAUCUGAUGAUGUGGCUGUUUGUGGUUGGCUGAGAGGGAUGUGAACUCAUUAGUUUGCAGCUGUGUUAACCAAAUCAGGUUGGGUUUCCAUUACGUGUGCCAAACGUGCCAAAUGGUGCCAAACCCCUUUGAUCUGACAUCAGAUGUGACGGGACAGUCGAUAUAGAGAUACAUUUAUGUGCUGAUUGCACAUAGUUGCAUUGAAUAAUGUUUUUUUGGGUAUUUAUUGCAUUGUUAAUGUGCCUGACAUUCUGGAAACCUGCCUGUGAGGUUUUGGUGACAUGUGCGCACUGUCUGCCGGUCAGCCAAACUUCGGCUUACACUGGCUGCGCUCCCCCUGCGCUGACAGUAGACGUGGUUUCAGUUGGCGAGCUUUUACCGCACCUUCGGCGAAGCCGUUUGGCAUGAAACUGUCACUGUGCCAAGCUGGAUCUGUCGACACCUCCUCCUGCUGCGCCGCCACACCCAUCUCAGCGCACCUCGGUCUGCCAAACUACCAAACUGAGCGCGCCUCAGGUUGCGCUGCUCGAAACUAGCUCUGCGCGGGGUUCGCCACCCUGCGCCACCCUGUGCCGCGCUGGGAAACUAGAGCCCUUCCAAGUUGCAACAAUCCCAAAAAAUCCUGGAGGGAAUUAGACUAAUCAUCAUUAUGUGUUUCUCCGGUGAUCAGCGGUGAUCACGGGUCUCACACCCAAAGUAAUACAAUGGGACCGGACCCAGAACCGACUGACCAUAACAAAACAUGGACCUGAACCUGUACGGGUCCUACAUCAGGUCUUGUGAGGACUAUUAGUCUGAGUGAAAACUGUUGACAGUGUGUCUCUGUCUCUCAAACCCUGCAGACACAGAAAACCAAACCUAUCUGCAUGGAUAGAUCUCACAGGUUUUACUUUUGUGGUCAUUUGGGUGAACUUUGCUCCACAUUCAUUCACUUUUGCAGGCUUUUUAGUUUGACCUUAGUCUGUGGGAGUGUUUCCUUAUAGACGAUCUAAAAAUACCCGACUGUGAGGAGAAUCUGCUGUUUCCUGUUUCACGUUUACCUCCCAGUGUUUGUCAGUUUUGUAUUCUUUGGCUGUUUCUUCAGUUUGAGCACUCAGCCUGAAACAGGCAAACAACAAACCAAACAAGUGCAGCGGUCUAACACACAGGGAAAUUUUGAGGCAGUGCAGGUGAGCAACGCUGCCGGCAACAACAAUAACAGAACACCUGUAAAUAAAGCAAUGAGCUGCAUGAACUGAAGUGAUGAGGGUGACCUCAAAAACAGCUGACAGAGUUAACCUCCUGUGGUGCUUAAACAUGUUGCUGUGCAGGUUCGAUAAAGUUUGGAAAAUGAAUGUGGUCAUUCUUAAAUUCAUUAAGUUUUGACUGCAAGAGGAGGUCUGAGGAGUUUAACUGUAGAAACACCCCAUCCUGAAACUGGGACUUAGACUCGCUGUCCUGAAUCUAUGAAGAACCUGCUGGUGCUUCUGCAUGUUUUAGCCCUUUAGGUGCACUUUAUAUUACUGCUGACCAUAUUCCAAAACAUGUGAUUGUAUACCAGGUUCCUGGCCAGUUUUCUCAUCACUCACUUCUAUCUGAAGUCUGGCUCCCACUAAAAGAUUUUACAAAUCUUAACAGAUGUUGAAAAUGUGAGAGACCCCACACAUAACAACAUGGAAUGAUACAUUUAAUACUUUUAUUGCUUUAUUGUGUAGAGAGCAACAAUUUGGCCCAAACAGCACAAACCACACUAACAGAUUCCAUUCAUCAACAACCAAUUUUUUUUUACAGAAGAUUUAUAAAGAGGAUAUGUAGAAAUAGUCAUGCAGCUGGUGUGAAUAUGGACUGUACAUGUUAGAGUGCAAGCUGGAUAUGAAUAAAGUCAGAGUUGAAUUCCUUUUGAUUUUGCAUCAAAAUCCUCUAAAACCUGCAGGACUGCCAGUGUCAGGAUUUUGGAUUGUAAAUAUUGACAGCCUGUUCUCACUUCCAACUCGUCAAAUACCGCUGCUGUGUCAGUGGCACCAAUGCACAGAGGUACUCUUUAUUAUUGUUGGGGUCGCGGGGGGCUGGAGCCUAUCCCAGCUGACACUGAGCAAGAGGCGGGGUUCACCCUGGACAGGUCGCCAGACCUGAAGCUUAGUUUCAAGUCUAUACCACCUUCCUAUUAAAAGUUAUUUGCGAACAUACCUUCCCGGGCAGGGCUAACACACAGAUACAGACAACCAUUCACGCCCACAUUCACACCUACGGGCAAUUUAGAAUCACCAAUUAACCUGCCUGACUUUAGACUGUGGGAGGAACGGGGGGAACAUGCAAAUACAGAAGGGUUCCCCCACCACAUGUUCAAGCCCCCCAUCCUGGAUUCAAACCAGGAAGAUGACAACCACUGUCCCAUCGUGCCGCCCUGUACUCUUCAUGGUGGAAUGAAAUGCACCAGGCGGCGGCUGAUACAAAGAGCGACAAAAUCCAUAUAGGGCAGGUGAGAGCAGACUUGGAUGGGUCAAACGAACUCCGGGCUUUCACUGAGGCUCCCAGGAAUGCUGCUUAGUCUUGCAGACAAUUUAUUCCUGCGGUCACUCGUGAUAUUGCAGAAAAAAUAAAUAAAUCCCCUGUGGCCCAAAAAGCAUUUUUCCCAUAGAAAGUCAUUAUUAAAGAGACAUCUGUAAAACUGCUGACAGGACACCUCCAACUCAGUUAUGACUCUUACCAUUCUAAAUUUUUGAUCCAUGGUGGUUUUAUAUUUGUUAAACUUUCCUCAAGCAGAGAAAAGCAAUUUAAAAAUCUGUGAUGUCAUCACAAUGUAAAGUCUAUGAGCCGAGCAGGAAUUCAUGGGUGGGGACAGUGGGAGUAACACUACUCCAGUAAAUCCAGAAACUAGAAACUUUUGGGCUGUAUACACUAGGCAAGCAAUUCCACAGGACUUAAUAUGUGCCAUUUUGUCAUCUAGUAUUUAGGUAUUAUUGUAAAUCUCUAGGGAGCCCACUGUUCAUUUCUUGAGUGAAAUCAAAAGUCAGUGUUAUUUUAAUAAUGUAGUGUGCUAGUUUGUGAAGCAUACUAUGCUAUUGAUGUGUGUCACAUAACACUACAUGAUAUUAGAAUAAAGUAAAUAAGUACAGUUGUAAAGAAGGGACUUUUGUCGGGUUGAUGAUAUAGCGCCAUCUCUGUGUAAAACAGCUCUAUUUUGAAGAUUUGGGAUGAGAACAUGUUAAUAUUACACAUUUAAUAUGUGUGGACUUCCAGGCAGAUCAGGGGAUGUUAAAAAAUACUCUUAAACAAUAGGCAAGAUGAUCGUUAGAAUAAUCAGAAAAAUCAAGGCUUUGCUGAAGAUUAUUCAGCGGGGGUAUUGGCUUAAAAUUGGCUUCAUUAUGUUGUAGCUACAUGGCAUUAGAAUCAAAAAUGCACAUUUUCAUGUUGGUUUUAACAAAGCUGAAAGUGUCCAACGUCUGAAAGGAAGGUAAUCAACUUAAAAACUGUUGGUCUGCAGUGAUGUGAAGAAAAAAUAUUAAUUCAAGAUCCACUUACUAAAUCUUUAGCCUGAUCUCUUCCUGAGACAUGUUGUUAUGAUACUUUUCCACACACACCCAUGCAGGAGAGUCUCACUACACAUAAAAAACGGUGCCACAUUAUGUCACAUGUACACAUAAUGUCUAAAAGCAGAAGGCUUGGCUGGUGUAAGUCAUGGGAAAUUGACAUUGCACGUUCUUCGAUAAGACAAUUUGGCAGCCCCGAGAUGACACAAAUUAAGGCUACGUUAUGUCAGCGGCUAACUUACAUAAAAUAAAUUUGCCGUCAUCUUGUAGGGAGGGUUAUCCCCAGAAGAUUACUGUAACAAUUAAUUUCAUUACGAACAAGAAAAUUCCAUGACCGUGGGGACUCUGCUAAUGACAGGCUGUAAAACUCUGGUUCGAUCCUUUAACCAACGAGGGAAAGUCGACAGCAGCUAUCAAAGUUAAUCACAUGAACGCUGACCUCUUCAGGAAAUUAAGAAUUCUGAAAUAUUAAAACAGAUUAAAGAGUUGCAGGAAAUGAACGGGGCAGGAGAGACAAAAAACAAUGUCAGUUGGUAUCACUUAUAAGACUUUUCUGUGAGUUUUUCUGGGUCUUAUUUGGCUCCCUGCUGCCGCUAAAGCCAAUAAACAUCCCGUUUUAGUUUUAUCUGAAUGGCUCAGCCGGCCUGACGCACAAUCCCAGCACAGAUUAUGCAAUAAGGAAGCGGUGAUGGUGGAAAUGUUGUUGCAGCAGAGCAUCAGUGAAAAAUCCCUGUCUGCUGGAGAUGAGGCAAGCAGCCUCUGCACCAAAUGAUGCAACUUUGAGUCCGGCGGCACCAGACGGUCAAGGAGGGAAGGGGGGCUGGAAAGUGAAGCUCCACCCAAAUAAGCCAUGCUGUAAAAGUCGCCACUUUCACCACAGACUGAUUGUUUUGUUCAGUUUUAAUAAGAGAGGACAAAGCACCAGUUUGAUAUUGAAUUCUACUUCAUGUUAAGCGCAGACUUGUGUCACGUUUCUUAUUUGAAGAGGUUACAUCAUCCGCUUUCAUCCAACCUGAAUCUGUCGUCUGACUGAAACUGUUUGAUAGUUAUCAGAGAUUAGUGUUGUUCUGGUCACUGAGAAGACACUGCCUAAAUGAAUCAAAGUCCAAAUUAACGGGUUGUGUUCACAUGAGAAAAGCAAAUCUGAUCUUCAGCUCUUUGUGGAAGAUCUGACGGUUUCUCGAGUGUCUACAGAACGAGAGUAACGUUUGAAAAAGGUUGGAUUAUAAUGAGUCAGUACUGUCACAUAGGAGGUCACGAGUUGGAGCUCUCUGUGUAAUUCAAGGGAAUGAGCUGCAGAUACUGAGCAUCACUGCUGACCGACAUUUGAAAACCUUUUUUUUUUUUCCUGUAGAACUCAACAUGCAGAGAAUUAAAACUGGAUGCAUACUGAAUAAGUAAACACCAGGUCAUUCUUAUUUUUUUGACAUGAAACUUCCAUUUGUGUGAGUGGUUGCACAGUUCCAGGCAGUGUGCAUGUGGUCUAGUGAAGGCUUCAGCUGGUCAAAUAUGUUGUUGGAAAUGUCAAAGCUAAAAGAAAAAUAAUUCAUGGAUGCAAAAAAAUUAAUGAUUGGUUCUUGGAAAUUAAAACAUUUUUUUGCAGCUGCAUUACUGUAAAAUAAGGAUGUACCAAUUAUGAAAUUCUGGACCAAUACCAAUGGUGUUGUUUAUUUUAAUUUUGUUGUUAUUUAUGCCCCCUUGUGUCCCAAAAAAAAGAAAGUAUGGUCAUUAUAAAAAAAAGUUUUAAAGUCAUUCAGUCCUUCAUUACACUACCUUCGCUCGCGCAUAAAUUCAAUCAUACACAUUUAUGAAAAACCCUUUAAAAUAACUGCUCCAUAAGUCUUAGAAAGAACUUUACUUCAUAAUUCCCUCUCUAAAAUUUCUGUGAAAACAUUGACACAUUUCUCCUUCAAACAGCUGAAUUUAUUUAAGUUUCUUACCAUAAGCUACAUUUUACAAGAUUACAGUGAACACAUCAUGAUAACGUUAUCAUUUACCAUUGUCCAAUAUUCAUUUUUACUGAAUGGAGCGUGAAGGCAUCAUAAUGUAACACUGUGCAACUUCUGUGAGCCGUUAAGCGGGAUUUAUCUCUUUGCAGAGCCUGCACUGUAACCUAUGCCGUUGUGAGCAUUUAUACUUGUGCGGUGAUGUGUCUGUGUCACUCUGCAGUUACACCUCCAAAAGACUGGUCAGCAUUGGGAUUUUUGUAAAAUGCUGUUAAAGGGAUAGUGCACCCAAAAAUGAAAAUUCACCCAUUGUCAACUCACCCAUACGCUGAUGGAGGCUCACAGCACUUGCGGAGAUCCAAGGGGAGAGGGGGUAGCAACUCCACCUAAUGGAGGACAUAAGCGCGAUGUACAGAGAGGCAGUUAGAGCUACAGGCUACAAUGAGUUCAAAUGACAUUUUUCGAAACAACUUUUUACAUCAGGGACACGGGAUUACUGUUAAUUUAUUAUGUUGAUCUGUUGUGUACGAUAUCUAUUGCAUGUCUGUCCGUCCUGGAAGAGGGAUCCCUCCUCAGUUGCUCUUCCUGAGGUUUCUACCAUUUUUUUCCCCCCCGUUAAAGGGGGUUUUUGGGGGAGUUUUUCCUUAUCUGCUGUGAGGGUCCUAAGGACAGAGGGAUGUCAUAUGCUGUAAAGCCCUGUGAGGCAAAUUGUGAUUUGUGAUAUUGGGCUUUAUAAAUAAGAUUGAUUGAUUGAUUGAUUGAUUGAUUGAUUGAUUGAUUGGAUCACUACGGACUCAUGGAGAUAUUUUGUGGUUUCAAUUAUGUGUUUUUGGACGUUUGAAUCUGGGGCGCUGUCAGCCUCCAUUAGGUGGAGUUGUGCUACUACCCCCUUUCCCCUUGGAUCUCCGCAAGUGUUGUGAGGACUCUUAAACUUCACCUGAGCCUCCAUCAGCAUAUUUUUGGGUGCAAUAUCACUUUAAGUUCAGUUGAUUCCAAACAUACAAAAAACUCAUUAAACACACAUUAAAAACACAUUUAACAAACAUUAAACAUGGCUUAAGAGCAACAAUUUCAAACACAAGUACACAAAUUGGCUUCAGUAUAACUCACAGGAUUCACAGACAAAGCACUUGUCUAUUGCUGGACACAUUUUCAAUACAAAUACUAUAUGCUAACAUCAUAAUCACAACCCUAUAGCAUUUUACAUUGUAUAAGUUAGCCUAGCAGCGAGUGGACUUUUCCUCUACUCAUAUGAAGCCAGGGACAACAGCAACAUUUAAAUAAGUUAACAUUAAAAAAUUCAGCUCCAUUACAACUCACAAGGGUCACUGACAAAACAACUGUCUUAUACUAAACAAUUUUUUCCAAACAAAUACAACAUGGUAACAUUAUUAGCAUAAGCCUAUGGCAUUUUACAUAGUACACAUUAGCCUAGCGACAAGCGGAGAUUUCCUCUACUAAAUAUAUCUAAUAAAGCAAGGAUAAAGCACGCACAAGAUUUAAAAUGCUAUUUUGUGGGGGCUUUAUUGUCUUCACAAUUUAUUGUUUCUUAUCUGUGAAAUAUUAGUCUGAAUGGGCGGAAGUUCGCUGCAUAGAUCAGCCUCUCAUUGGGCGGAACGAGCCAUCCGCUGAAGUCCCGCCCUACCACCUCCGGAUGUGUAGCAGUUUUCAACCGUUUUCAACACAUCCUUUACUAACUUUUGCAGUGUUUGAUCUUGCGGGGAUGUAGCCAUUUUUCUGCCAUGGUUCGCGUCCUGUAGGCGAUAUUUUUGUGGGCAUGUUACACCAAAACCUGUUUCCCCCCAGGAAUAUUUUUGCAAGCACACUGUUGCUGUGGCACCGCCCAGAACGAUUGUGAUUGGUUGAAAGAAAUACAAGCCGGGCGUUUUUUUCUCCAAUCUUAAAGUGAGAGUCGGUCCAGCCAGACCUUUCUUUUCUUGAGAAAUAUAGGUUAAUGAAAGCUUCGUUUCCACUGAGGGAAAUGGUUUCAGCUUACAAAAAUAGACAGGAGGUCUGCGUCGCCGUGAUGUGUAGUUACAUUUCUGGGGAGGUGUAUGUCAGACUACGGCGUAGGGUACAGCAUCGAUUCAAUGCAGAAGCAUAAAUCCCACAUUGGUUCUGGCCACCAGCUGUUAAUAGUAAGGGUGCAUCCCCUGAUGCAUUGAGAGUGAGUUUACUCCAUCCUUUUGUCCCGAAGGCGUCCCUGGAAAGAAACCAUUUGUCCCAAACAUUUUUUGUAUUGUCCCUGGGAGGACUGGACACCGCUCUACUUUUCAGCCUUUUCAGCCAAAAGUGAUGAGAAUGUCAGCCGAUGGCAAGUGUUCAGCCAAUAAAUAGAUGCAUCCCUGCAACAUAAUGAUCAUAAUAAUGAUACUUUGAUGAAUAACAAAAAAAUCAACAGAAAGGUCAUAAGAAAAAAAAAAUACAAUAAAAAAAGUAAAAUACAAUAGAAAAGCAGCAAAUCCUCACAUUGCUUUGACUCUUCAUUUCAGAACUUUCCUUAAUUGAAGACCCAAAUACUAGGGGUUUGGACUGUUGGUUGGACAAAUAAAGCAUUUGAAUAUGUUGUCUUUUAAAAUAUUUCAGAAAUGUCUGACAUUUCAUUUUUCAGAAAUUGUCAUCCCAUAAUGGGAAAAAAACAACAGAUAAAUGGAAAACUGAAAGUAGUAAUUGGUUGUAUUUAGCUAAUUUUGUUUGAUACGUUCAACUCAUAGUGUGAUUUGGAAAGUGGUAUAUCUGGUAUCAACUGAAAUACGUUUUUUGAUGCCAACCAAAAUGUGUCUGAAAACUGUUGCAUGCCAAAAGCUGGCACAAAAGCUGAUUUUCUGAUAAAUCUGAAUCCUUUCAAUUUUUUUCAUCCUUCACUCAACUGGCCACCAACAUCAUUAGACUUUUAUAUCUGGUUGAAUUUAGGUCAUGAUGUCAGGUGACCAAAAUUCAGUGUCAGGAUGUCUAAUGCUAACGUCAACUGACAUAAAAUACUAACAGAUGACAUUGAUACUGAAAAAUGACAUUUAAAUAUUAAGAACAAAACCCAAUGUCAUAAUGUUAACGUCCACACAACAUGAAAUUCUAACAUCGUUAGACAUUUAAAAUAUUGUCAACUCGAUUUUUAUUGAAACCAAAAUUUAACGUCUGUAUGACCUAAGAAUCCAA